GGCAGCUGGACGGCCGUCGUCGUGGUGGGUAAGCGACCCUUCGUGCCUCGGACGACCCGCUCGACGAACGACCACGACUUCCUUUAAUUAUGGCUUGAAUUCCGUGUUUAAGAAUGGAAGAGAGGCGUGUGGCAGAGUACUUUGUGGUUGCUGGGCUUCCUGCCAACCCAACACCACUAAGAGAAUUUUCCUGCGACGGCGCAACUCUCAAGUCCACACACAGCCUUCCACCCAUCACAGACAUUGCCGUCAUCAACCGCUCUCUGGGCGAGGUCGUUCCAGAUGGAUUCACAUGUAUUGAGACAACACCCACUGGUUUUGUCGCCAAUGUUAACCAUGGAGCUCUCCGUGCCUCAGAAAUAUUUCUCUGCUACAGAAGAGGGCGAGACAAACAACCUCUUGUCGAUGUCGGAGUUCUCUAUGAAGGUCGGGAAAGAGUCAUGGCCGACUCCCAGAUUGUGGAGUUCACGCCAAGUGGUCGAAGUGCAAACAUCAAUCCCUCAGGACAGACCACAUACAUGACAUACAGAAGAGCAAGUGAGCGCUCUGCCUGCAAUGAACUGGUCGUCUCAGACAUCUGUGUAAUCAUGACAAGCAGGGGGGAGCAGGCUCCUCACUCCUAUUGCACCAUAGACCGCAACCUCAAUAAGGGGACCAUGGUUGGGUCUGACAUCUAUGUCUGCUACAAGAAAUCGAUGCAUAGGUCCAACUAUAUCGCAUACAUGGCAGGGAUCCUGGACCACUACCCCAGCAACCACUACCCGGGGUUCCCCAUCCCCACAGACCUGGCCCUUUUUUGUCUACCCAUGGGGGCCACCCUAGAGUCAUGGCCAGCUAAGUCUGCUCAGCCACAGCCAAUCUUCUCUACCUUUGUUCUCACAGUCACGGCUGGGUGUGGAAACACAGAAGCUGUGGAGAAGGUGUAUGGAGCAGCUGUCUCCUUCUAUGAGAAAUACCCCCAUGAGCUCCUUACAGAUGAGCAGAGGGAGGCCCUCAAGCUGAAUGAGCACUUUGGGAGGAACAACAUAGUGCAUACCAACAAGUGCAUCUGCAUCCUCUCACGGUGGCCGUUUUUUGAUACUUUUGAUAAGUUCUUGAGAUAUCUGCACACUAUGGCUAAUACUGGACCACAUCUUGUACCCAUAGAGAGGUAUGUACACCAUUUUGUGGAGUGUGUUCCAUUUCCAAGUGCUCGAAAGCCAAGAAUACUCAUCCAGUUAGAUGCCAGAGAGCGCAUCUCCCUUGCCCAGCCAGAGGAUUUGCCCAUUAAUCUCAGUGGAGCAAAGUUCCGUCAACUGGUGAUGACUCUGCGUCCUGAAGGCUGCCUCCUUGUGCUCCUCUUUGCACUCACUGAACAGAAGAUUCUCCUGCACUCCCUCAGGCCAGAUGUGCUCACAGCUGUGGCAGAGGCUAUCACCAUGAUUAUCUUUCCAUUCCACUGGCAGUGCCCUUACAUCCCCCUGUGCCCCCUGGGUCUCUCUGAUUUCCUGAAUGCCCCCAUCCCUUUCCUCCUUGGCCUUGACUCGCGCUUCUUUGAUCUCUAUCACCCUCCAACCGAUGUAAUCUGCAUCGAUUUGGAUACGGGAGCCAUGUCUGUACCAGACGACAAGAAGUUCCUCAUAACCAAACUCCUUCCUCGGCGUCCUGCACGCACCCUGCGUGCCUCACUAGAAAGCCUCUGUGAGAAAAUCUACAAAUUUGAGAAAUUGCUCCAGAUGCACCUGAAGGCUCAGAAGACAGAGUCUGGCAUUGACACAGAUUUCAAGAUAAAAAGAAAAGAGCAACAACUGGAUGUGGAAAUUCAGGAGGCUUUUUUGCGCUUCACAGCAACCAUCCUGAAGGGUUAUAGUCACUACCUCCUGCCUAUAGUCUCCGCUAAAGCAGGGGCAGCAUGUGACACCUCCUCACUCUUUGACAUAGACGCCUUUGUCAAAUCAAGAGAUAAGAACUAUCACAAAUUUUACCAGCUGAUGGUUAAUACCCAGAUGUUCAGCAAGUUCAUUGAAGAACGAUCUUUUGUGUCAGACAAGGAUGCCUCUCUGGCCUUCUUUGAUGACUGUGCAGAAAAGGUCUUAGAAGAUGACACCACCAUCAAACUGCUGGAGUUAGAGCCGGCCCAGAGUGAGCACACCUUGUUUCUCCCACCGCCAGAGCCCAUCAGUCUCCCUGAGGGCAUGACCUAUACAUACAAUGGAUUUCCCAAGUUAAAACCCGAGCUCUUUCCAUUGCUGGAACCAAAGCCAGUCCUUCCUCCCCAAGUUAAGCAGCCACAAGCCACCCCUGCCUCUCCUCUGGCCCGCCGCACAAAGCAUGAGGUCAAGUCGGCACAGAAACUUGCCUUAAGGCAUGCGCAGACACCCAUAUUAUGGGCCAAGUGUUUACUAUCUACGUGUUACAGCCUUUGGUUCACGCAUCUCCCAGCCUUUGCAACAACACAGCACCAUAAGGCCAGAUUCCUGCAACUUGCCUUCAAGAUCCUAACCAACAUGCAGAAGCUCAACCUCUCACAGGCAGACGAGGUAAGCUACCGGGUAAUGAUGCAGCUGUGUGGGUUAUACUCACAGCCCAUCCUUGCGGUGAAGGUCCUGUGUGAGAUGAGGCAGCAUGGCAUCACACCCAAUGCCAUCACCUAUGGCUACUACAACAGAGCAGUCAUGGAGAGCAAGUGGACUCAUUCUAACCUCUUCUGGAAAAAACUCAGGAAUGUCGUCAUUGGUGUUGCAGCAUUCAAACGUUCAGGUCUAGAACGUUCGCAAAGAAGAAAAUCAUCAUUAUCUUUGGAUGAGGUGGACAAGUGCCUAACAGAUGCUGACAGUGCCUCAAGAGUGUCCUUGGAGAGCGGUGCCUCCCUUGACUCUCACCCCCCUGCACCUCAUACGAAGACCGACACCCUCAGCUCAGAUCCAGGCUACUGCUCUGUCAGUGAGACAAGUGAGAGUGUGAGUUCUCCCGGUGCGCCUCCAACCGCAGUGCCGGUCUUGAAAGACUCCGUUUCUGGGAGUGGUGUACCCCCUACCUCCACAUCCUCCUCCUCCUUCUCCUUUCCUCCUGUCACAUGCCCCUCUCCCCUUCUAUGUAGUUCUGCUGCUACCACUACCACAAAAACCUCAUCCUCCCCCUCUUCACUUCCUAUGUCCCUGCCCCUUCAGUCAGUCCCCACACCUUCCUCCUCAGCCCAGUCGGCCUUCCUUCCUUCCUCCUCCUCUGCUACUGCUGCUAACUCAGAGUCCUCUCAGCCCAAUGGCAAUGAUACAGCUGCCUGUGGCGAAUCACAUUCUAGUUUGUGCUCUCACUCAGUCCAUUCCACAUCAUCUUCCACAACAACAAGUACCACAACAACCUGCACCAGUGCCACUUCUGGUAUUCCCUCCACCACAGAGUCUUCGUACAUCUCACUAACUCCCUCCACCGUCUCCAUGGUGACGCCAUCCUUCUCGUCAUCAUCCUCAUCGUCAUCCCUGGCAACCAUCGCCCCAAUCCUGAGCACACUCAUUUGCCCGUCGCAGUCGUCCUCCUCGCCGUCCCACCUGGCACUGACAGGAACCCACACCUCCACCUUGAUGAGCCUUGACCCUGCCUCCUCCUCGUCCUUUACCACAACCUCCUCCAAUUCUGCCUCCUCCUCCUCCUUUUCCUCCUCCUGCGCCACUAGCCGAGCACUAGACUUCUCGGAGUCAGAUGCACUGAGGGCAAGACUGGGCAGCAUUGUGAGGUCCUCUGCAGCUGGUCUUGCCAGUGGGGCCGAUCUGCUUGUCAUUGAGUACAAUGUGGCGUUCAGCAGCAGUGCAGGACUCCUUAUGUCAAGCGCUCUGGACAGCACUGUGUUUGAUGCAGCCUCCAGAUCAAGGCAAAGACCCAAUGACCUGGCAGAUGCACUGUCUCCAACCUUAGACCAAUAUGACAAGAUGAGCGAAGCCACAGCUGUACGGACGUCACCUGAGGCCCCGACGUCCUCCGUUCAGGACAAGGGUGUGCCGGAAUACCUCAGAUCUGACAGCUAUGGUAGUGAUGCCAAGAUUAUUACGAACUUUCUGCGUCUGACUAGAGUCGAUAUCGAACCCAUUGCUCAAAUCACCCAGUUUCGCGCAAGUAGUUUGGACGCCCAAGGGGAAGAAGCCAGGAGUUUGCUGCUUGGCCAGAAUGAGCAAGAUUUUACUUCAACAGAGGACCUGAAAGGCAUCGAUCCACUUUUUCAUAGUAAUGAUAGUUUAAGUGACAUUUCUGAGGAAGAGAUAGCACAGCGCCCUGGUUCAGUCCGGGGUUUUUUCUCCAGAAAUACUCCAGAGAGGUUAUCUAGUCUUUUUAAGAGGAGUGUUGACAGUGCAGAUGAGAAAAUAAGAGGAUUUUGGAAAAGGAGUGCAAGUGUUAGUCGUUCAAGUAGCAAAGACUCAGUGAACCUGGAGCAGGGCGUCACAGAGUUCAUAGACAGGAGCAGGGAAACCUCAGAGGAAAAUAGUAGUGGAGGCAAGAGCAGUGCAAGCCACAGCAGUGCAGAGGCUCCUCUCAUCCCAACAGAGGGGGAAGAGGAUGACCAAAAAACCAAAAAGGAGGAAGAAGAGCUGCAGCAGGAAGCUCAGGAAGCCGAGGAAGGCCAGCCACCCAAGAAGCUUCUGCUACCACCUAGAUCUCCCAAUAUAAAUAUUGAUCGAACUUCAAACUAUUCACCCAUCCCAUCUAGUCCUUUGCGAACUCCCGUAACAGAAAAUGAUCCACUCGGAGCCUUUGGCAUACUUAUGACGGACUCUGCCCCAAAGACCACAGAGACACCUACUUCACAGUCUAGUGUGGCCACUUCCCAUAUAUCAGACUCCAGUAUGCGUGAUUCACCCUCGAGGCAGAGUGUUAAUAGUGAUGAUUCAGAGGCUUCCUCACAAACACGUGGUCAGAGGAAACCACCAAGGCCAGUUGCGCGUAGUGCCACAUUCAGCAGUCGUAGCGGUGCAUCCAUGAAACAGCAAGUGAAAAGAUCAGCCAACUCCCUAUGGGCAUUGUCUCCCUCUCCUAGUCCAACCCACACCUCACACUCCUCCUCCCCCAACCGUGCACUUCCACAUGACCGACCACAGUCUGACGACCCUCCAAACUCUGCCCUCGUGUCUGCCACUCCUACCUGGCCAUCCCUAAAGAUCUCCUUCAGUAACAGUAGCAGUCGUCUGGGCUUGGCUUCGAACAUGGCUUCCACCAUGGCCACAGAGGGUCUUCGCCAAGCCUCUAAACAGAUAGAGCACCUUCGCUCACAGUACCUCGACCCAGCCAUGGCAGACCUUGGCCAGUACAGCCCUGGGAAUUUUAAUUACCGCAAGAAUGAAAUUAUAUCUGGGAGCAUCAGCAGCGUCAAAUCAGCAGUGACUUCCUUUUCCAAGAGGUUUGGAGAGAUUCGUGAGGCCAUAACAGCAACCAACACCCCAGGCAGCAGAGGAAUUCACAGCUCACGUGAUGGCGAUGGAGAUGAGGACAGCCUGGAUGGCCUGUGGAGCAGAAGAGAAUCUGCUGAAGUCCAGGGUUUUGCACCUCUGGAUGAGCCUCUCAACUUCACCUUCGGAGCUGGUGCAGCAGGAGCAGAGGGAGAGGCAGUUGCAACACAGCAAGAUCUGUUCCCUCACUUGGGCUGGGAUCCACAGGGCCCCUUCUGUCUAGGCUUGUGGCUCACGUCCUGCACCCGGUGCCACAACUGUGCAGCGCUUCUCUAUGAUGAGGAGAUAAUGGCUGGGUGGAGGCCUGAUGACUCCAAUUUGAACACUAAAUGCACAUUCUGUGAAAAGGUGACGGUACCUCUUUUAACUAUCAUGAUAUAUGAUUUGCGACAAGAGCCCAGACCAAACAAGCAGACAGAAGAGGCAUCAGAGACUGGAAAAUCCACAUCAGGAUCCACUGAAGGAGGGAGUGACUCAACUGACCGAGGGCUGCCACCAGAGGAACCCACAAAGGAGGAAGGGAAAGUGGACCCUCAUUUUAAAGACCAAAUUGGGGCUCACAUUCAGAAGAAGGGUAUCCGGUGUGAGCCAAUUACGGUUCUAUAUCUUAGUCCAUUAGUGUUGCGUAAGGAGCUAGAAACAGUGUUGAGCAAUGAGGGAGACACCUGUCUAACUGACACAGCCUUUACAGAUCAUCAUCCUAUCUUGUACUGGAACUUGCUAUGGUACUACUGUCGGCUGCGUGUUCCCAGCCACCUGCCAGGGCUGUGCUUGGGGGCUGCCAGUGUGACUCGGGACAGGGUUCCACACCCCUCCUGGACUGGAGCCGACUGGCAGAAUGUCUAUAUCCGAUGCCUUUGGGAUAACACCAAGUAUCAUGAAGAGCUGGGUCAGCCCAUGUAUGUCCAGUGGCAGGUCAACCAACAGCCAUCAUCUCUUGUCUCUGCACUAGUCAAGGAGAGGCACAGAAUCCCCAGGGAUGUGAUGCAAAGUGUGAUAACUGCAAUCCACGUGGAUGACUUGACCACAGCCAUGAAGAGACUCCUAACACUCUACCAGAAGAGACCCUCGCAUUUAAAGAAAAAUCAUUUUCCAAUAUACCGUGACCUAUUAUUCCUAGCGUGCUCAUGUAUACCUCCAGCUCAGCUCAAUCUCACAUCCUUUGAUCGUGAGUAUCGGCGUGCAUACGAGCGAAACGAACCCCAUUUCACCAAGCUCCUUUCUCGCUCAGACACGCCUCCCCCUAUUGCUGCCGUCUUUUGCCGUCGCUACUUCAGUCAGCUCAGCCUGUGAUAAUGCCGGGUCUAUAUGACCCUCCUCCACCUGACUUUCUGACCUGCACCUGCAGUCUGGAACCUGCAAUUCAUACUCAGGGUCUGCAAUUGGCACUUGGGCCUCGAGCACUUGGCACUCUUGGUCCCAGAUAUGGAAGAUAUAGCCUCCAGGGGAGUCUCAGAGCCUGUGGCCUAUGCCCAGGCCUCCCCAUGGGUCCCCAGCCUGCCCCAUCGAAGCUGGCAUCAGACUGGAAGUGGGUGUCCAACUGGAGGUCUUUUGGAAAGGAAUACAAUAGACAGUAUAUAUAUACUAGAUUUUUUCUUUCAUUCUUUUUCAUAUUUUUUUUAUCCGUUUUUGGGGAGUGUCAAAUGCAAAGAUUAUGUUUGAUGAUAUGAUGGACUUACCAAGUAGGCUGGAGAUUGUGAUCUUUGUUAGCUAGUUUGACAAUAUGAUUUAAGGAAAUAAUGGAAGGGAAAGUGUGGUGUAUUCAUUGUGUAGCAAAUGUAUAUAGAACUGCUUGAAUUGAUUUUUAUGAAGUCAUUGACUUCAUUAGUAACUUUAGGUUGAAUUAACCAGAGUUUGCAGCAUUCUACAAACAGUGCAAUGUUUGGAAAUAUUACUGUAUCCUAUAGACAGCCUUUUUAAUAUCAGCUGAACAAGUCAGUGGUGGGACAACUUCUAUAGGAAUGUGUAAAUAAAGUUAUUACUGGCUAUUUUGGGCUUUUUAAGAAUAUUUGAACAUUUUCAAUACAGCUUAUAUCAUGUCCUCUUUUCUUGCCAAGAUGUGAGAAAAAAAGUCGUAUAGAUGCUAGUGUGGAGCUUUUGGAUUAUUGUGAGUUGAACGAACCUCAAACUCUGGUGCACUGACAUCUCUUCUUAUCAUCUGCAGGACAUAGGUAUUGCUAGGCACAAGAUGUGGAAAUUUUCAUAGAAAAAGAAUGAUGAUUGUAUUCUCAAACCCAAAUUUGUCAGUUUUGAUGAUGUGGAUUAUUGAAACUUACUUUAUGAGUGAUGCAUUCUAUCCAGAGGAAUUUAUAUUGUUAUUUUGUGAUGUAUUGCUGUUUCAAAGUUUAAUUAUUACAAUAUGAAUAUAUUUGCAUUUGUUAAACAGGAUGAUAUUUUAGUUGACUGAUCAGCAGUACUCAAUGUUUGACACUAUUUUAUUGACACCAAAUUGUGUGAUAAUAAGAGAUGAAUUUAAUCGCUACUAUAGCUUUUUCCAUGUGAUUAGGGAAUUUAGCCUUUGUAUUUUUGUGUUUUGCAACUUGUCAUUUUUCUUAAAUACAGAAGGGAGUUUUGUGUUAAUAGAAGGAUUGUUGAGCUUUGUGUUUUCUUUACUGGUAAUGGGUUAUCAUUGGCAUCUUCAGUUACCAAAGUAACAUUGAACCAUCACAUAAAUAGAGGUUUAUUUUUAUGUAAUGAAACAGAGUUUGUGUGUAUGUAUUUGUUUGUAUGUAGGUGCAUUUGUUUAUUUGUUUUUCCUUUUAGUUCAUUCACUCAUUCAUUUAUUCAUAAGUAUGUGUGCAUGGAAAUGAGAAUGGGAAUAUGUGAGUCUAUCAGUGUAUUUAUUUUUUCUAGUGAUUUUCUUUAUAGAAAAGGGUAGUAGUCAGUGUUAAGAAGAGACAGAGUCUGAGGAAAUCUUGACAGAUGUGAACUGCAGGAAUUUAUGAGUAUGAGUCCAGAUGGAAAAGCUUUAGCCAAGAUUUAUUUAAAAAGUUGUAUGGGAAAAUAGGAAAAAAAAACAAACAAACAUGAAAAAUACAAAAAAAAAAAGAAGAAAAAAAGUAUUUUUAACUGAAUUUUUGUAUGCUCUUUUUUGUAUAUGCCUGAUAUUUACACUUACUCAUUAGCAGAUAUUUUUAUUGAAACAAUAAACAAGCAGCCCUUGUUACUGCUUCACUUCAGUCAGAACCAAGUUUCAAGUUUCAGACAGUGAUUCUUGUUGCUAAUUCUUCCAAAUUUAUUGAGUUGUUUAGAUUCAUCCUA